AUGAUUCCAGCUGGAAGCUCAGAGAUGCUGGAAGUAAUGAAGAGCGGUGGACAGCACUUGUUCAGUGGUCAGCACAGAAGUUUGACCAGAGAGAGCAGAAAUCGAAUGUGCACCAGCAGUCUCAUGGAACGCUUCCUGCAGGAUGUGCUGCGGCACCACCCGUCCCAUGGCGAAGAAAACAGAUCAGUGCAAAAUGAGAUGCUUGUGAACACUGCGUCGCCUGCUGAAGUACUGCCUGUGGAUGACCAUGUUUCUGAGGAGGAGGCUGAGGAGGACACCGGGGCCAGAGGAGAGACACCCUCUAAGGGCUCCGAAGGCAGUGAGGAGUUGCGCGCCACGUCAAGUCAAUCUCAGGAAUGUACAAAGGAGCUUUCAGUUCGACCAUCUGUUAUUCAAAAACUGGAGAAGGGACAGCAGCAGCCUUUGGAGUUUGAUCAUAAAAUUGGGACUGGUGUGAGAAAAUGUAAUCCAGUAGAUUUUGGUCAAGCUUCAAAUAUUGGAAACAACUUACUUCGUCCCCCAGUGAUUUGCAAUGCUCCUGCAAGUUGUCCACCUGCCAGUUCUGACGAUAGACUGGUUACAGCUCACACGACUAAGCUACCAUCAGCAACCAGUUUGGAUUUAGUUAGCACAUGUGACCCAAACAAAGUUGAUGGAUACCUUGAACAGCCAGACAGGAUCUCUAGAAAUCCUGAGUCAUCACCCCAUCUGGAAGCGCCUUCAGUUUCAUAUCAGAAACCAAAGGAAUCAAAUAGAAAAUCUUUAUGUAUGAAUUCAGAUAAAGUGGUUGUACACAAAGAUGUAAAAUCUCAUGGUAAAACUCUGUUACCUGGCUUUAAAUUCCAAGAAUGUAUGGGUACUGAGGCUCCCUUAAGAGUCGAAUCUCCUUCUGAAUUAGCAGAAAACUCAGCAUUAAACCUGAAUAAAACUGACAUGCCUUCUAAUAAAGGUAUCUUGGAUGAUUCCAUUCCAAAGUAUCAUGAGGAAUCCUUUAAUAUGGAUUGUACCCAAGAAGAAAAACAUACGAUUUUUAACAAGUCAGCCUUUGUGAAACAGAAAUGUUCAGUGAGUCCUGAAAUGAAGUUUGAUUGUAGCUCCCUUCAGUCAGCAUCUGAUCAACACCAAGAGACUGAUCAAGAAGAGAGGAACUAUGAAUCCAGAGAUCCAGAAAUGAAUUUCAGUUGCAGUUCCUCUCUUUGUUCACUGAAUGAUCAGUUGAAAGUUGCUACCAAAGAAACACAUCUUUCCCAGGAAGCACCUGCUGACUUGCAGUAUAAGAAUAAUCCACAUUAUGCUUCUGAAAUAAAUUCUGAUUGUGAGGCCCCUCCUCACUUGGUUGCCAACCAAUCCCAAGUCAUUGUUAAUGAAGUAAGUCUUCAGAAUGCAGUACGUGUCAGCCUGGUUGACCAGAGCUAUGAGUCUAGUGUUUCUGAAAUGAAUUUUGAUUCUGAUGCCUCACUUCAGUCCGCUGAUGACUACUCCCAGCAGCCUGUGCAAGAAAUAGACCUUCCUCAGGAGGUACACAUUGGUUUGGUUGAUAAAAACUACGGUUCUAGUAGCUCGGAAGUUAGUGCCGAUUCUUCUUUCCCACUUGAGUCAGUUGUUGAUCUACCACCAGUGGCUGCCCCAGAAACAAGUCUUGGAAUGAAAGUUCAUAUUGACUUAGUUGAUAAAAACUAUGGAUCGAGCUGUUCUGAAACAAGUUUUGAUUGUGAUGGUUCUCUUCAGUCAGUAGUUGAUUCUCCCCAACUGACCAUCAGAGGAAGGAACCUGAAAGGUAGACGAGGCCGUUCAAAACAUAAGAAGUGUAAACCCAAGCGUGCCAGAGCACAUCUGGACUGUUAUGUCUCUCCCGAAACUGUGACAGAUGACCCCCCAAGGGCUCUUGAAGAAAUAAACCCUCUGAAUGAGAAGAAUGAUGACCUUAUGGAUGUGAGCUGUGAGUCUCCUGGUCCCGACGUGGGUCUUCACACUGAUGAUCACUUAGUAGCUGACCAUUCUCAAGCAGCAGCUGAAGAAGUAAAGCCCCCAGACGCUGAUAUUGACUUAGAGAAUAAGAAUGCUCAGUCUAGCAUUUCUAACGUGAGUUUUGAUUCUCAAGCAUCUCUCUGUCAGUCAGCUAAUGAUCGGCCUCCAGAAGCCUUGGAUGACAUAAGUCUUGAAGAGUUAAAUGUUGACGUGGAAGUCACGAGCUGUGCAUGCUCCAGUUCCGAGCUGACUUUUGAUUCUGAUCCCCCUCUUCUGUCCGUUAAUGACCAGUCUCAGCUGGAUCUUGAAAGAAAAGAACACAUUGACCUGGAAGAUGAGAGCUGUGAGUCGAGUAGUUCUGAAAUAACGUUUGAUUCUGAUCUUUCUCUUUGUUCAGUAGUUGACCAACCUCAAGUAGCUGUUUAUGAGGAAGAAACUGUUGAUCUGGAAAAUAAAAGUAAUGAAUCUUGUGUUUCUGAAAUAACUUUUGAUUCUGAUAUUCCUCUUCAUUCAGGAAAUGAUCCACCUGAAGUAGCUGGUAAAGAAGUAAUCCUUCAGAAGGAGGAGUACGGACACGUAGGAAGGAAGAGUGAUGAACCCUGUGGUUCUGAAAUCACUUCUGAUUAUUAUGCACCUCUUCAUGCAGUGACCAGUUCUCCUGAAGUCACUGCUAGAAAGCUAAAUCCUCAGAAAGAGGAGCAGGCAUGCUUAGAAGAUAAGGAAAAUGAACCUGCUGAUUCUGAAUUAGCUUCGGAUUAUGAUACCAUUUUUCAUUCAAUGACUGGACAUUCUGGAGAUCCCAUUAAAGAAAUAAACCUUGAGAAAAAAGAGCAUGCAUACUUAGAAAAUGAGGGGGUUUCUGGAACAAAUUUGAAUUCUGAUACUGCUCUUCAAUCAGUGACUCACAAACCUGAAGGAGUUGUUAAAGAAGUAUGGCUUCAAAAAGAAAAGUGUACUGAGUUUCAUGGUAAAAAUGCCGAGUUUAGUGGCUUAGUAACAAACUUAGAUGCUGGUGUCCCUCAUGAUUCAGUAACUGAACCUCAGGUAGCUAUUGAAAAAAUAAGCGGAAAGCAGAAGCAUGUUCUAGAAAAUAAGAAUGAGAAGUGUAGUGGUUCUGAAAUAGCUUUGGAUUCUGAUGUCCCUCCUCAUUCAAUGACUGAGCAACCUCAACUCGCUGAAAACUAUGUUAAUCUGAAAGACAAAAACAGUAAAUCAGUUGAUUGUAAGAUAACUUUUGAUUCUGAACAACUUCAGGAAGCAAUUAAAAAAAUAAAUCAGUGGAAGGAAGAAGCUAUUCUCCUGAAAAAGAAGAUUGAUGAGCAUACUGGUUCUAAAUUAAUACACGAUACUGCAGUUUCUGUUCAUUCUGUGACUGGUCAACCUGAAGUAGCCAUUAAACAAACAAGCCUUGAGAAUAAAGGUCAUGUGGACCUGGACAUUCAGAGUAGCUCAUAUGGUUGCUCUGGAGUGAGUAAGGAUUCUGAUUUCCUGGUUCAGUCAGUAGCUAAUCGACCUCACAUAACUGCUUCAGAGCAGGAGCAUGUUGAACUGGAACAUAAGCAUGAUCAGUGUUGUGAUUCUGAAAUAACUGUUGAUUCUGAUGACCCUCUUCAGUCAGUGACUAACCAGUUUCAAGAAACCAUUAAAGAAGUAAGCCUUUGGAAGGAUGAAGAAGUUGAUGUGAAUGAUAAGAGGGGAGAAGCUAAGGGUUUUGGAAUUGUAUGUGAUUCUGAUGUCCUUCAGACAGUAGCUGGCCAGUCGGAAGAAGGGGUUAAGGAGGUCAGCCUUUGGAAAGAGCAUGUUGACUUGGAAAAUAAGAUUGUCCAACCUGGUGAUCCUAAAAUAAAUUUUGGUUCUGAUGAGCCUCUUCAGUCAGUGGCUAAUAAAAUUCAAGGGGCUAAUAAAGAAAUACAUCAUCUGAGGGAGGAACAUGUUUGUUUGGAUAAUAAGGGUUGUGAACCCAGUGAGUCUGAAAUAAUUUAUGUUUCAGAUAUUCCUCUUCAGUCAGUGAUUAGGCAACCACAAACGUUGGAAGAGGAGCAUGCUAAUUUGGCAGAUAAGAGCAGUGAUUGUUAUAGACCUGAAAGAAGUUUUGAUUCCAUUGACUCUUUUCAGUCAGUGGCUGAUCAGCUCCAGCAGUCUGUCAAAGACAUAAAUCUGUGGAAGGAAGAUCGUAUUUACCUGGAAGAUAAGAGCUAUAAGCUAGGUGAUUUUGAAGUAAGUUGUGAUUCUGAUAUUCCUGUUCAGUUUGUGACUGAUCCAUCUUCUGUAUCUGUCCAAGAAAUAAACUUGCAAAAGAAGGAUCAUCAUGACCUGGACAAUGAGGACUGUAAACUCUGUGGUUCUGAAGUGAAAUGUGAUUCUUGUGUUCAUCUUCAGUCAGAAGUCGACCAAACUCAUGGGUCCUGCAGAGAAGCACACCUUCAGAAGGAAGAGCAUCUUGAUGUGGAAGACAAGACCAGUGAACCUAGUGAUUCUGAAAUGGUGUGUGAUUCUGAUGUCCCUUUUCAAAUAGUAGUUAACCCAUCUCAAGGGUCAGUCAAAGAAACAAAUCUUCCAAAGGUGGUACUUGUGGAUCUGAUCCCCGGUGAUAGUGAUUGUGAAGUGAUUUCUGAUUCUGAUAUUCCUUUUCAGUUAGUGACUGACCCACCUUCAAUGACUGUCAAAGAUAUCAGCUGUGUAAAUGCAGAAUGUGUCAUAGAAGAUAAGAGCUGUGACUCUUUUGGUUCUGAGGUAGGAUGUAGUUGUGAAGCCCUUUCUCCUUCAGGGACAAACCAGUGCAAAGAGACUUUCAAAAUCAUAAACCGGAAGAAAGACUAUAUUAUUCUUGGAGAUUCAAGUUGCCAGUCUUGUGGUUCUGAAAUACAUUUGCAUGAUGACACCUCUAAUGAGUUUAUGACUUACCAGUCACAAGAGCCUGAUAAAAAAAUGGUGAAAUAUAUUGACCCGGAAGAUAAGAGCUCUGAACCUUCUAGUCCUAAUGGAAAUUUUAAUUUGGAACACUCUUCUCACCCAGUGACUCACCGACUACAGAAAACUCACAAAGAAGUCAGGAAAGAUCUAAGAAAUACCAACCUGAAAGGUAAGAGCUGUCAGUCUCAUGUUUCUUCGGGGGAUUGUGGUGUCUCUCCCGAGUCAGUAAUCCAUCAAAGGGCUGAUAAAAAAAAACUUUUGAAGUUAAAACAGACAGAUCUAAAAAGUAGGAGCUAUGAACCUUGCGGUUCUGAGAUGAAUUUUCAGCAUGAUCCCUCUCUUCAGUCUGUCACUGACCAGCCUCAAGAAGCUGUUAAUAGAAGAGGCAUAUUGAAGAAGGUCUCUUCUGACCUGAAGGAAAAGAAUCACGAUUCCCAGUUGAGCUCAGUUUUCACAGUUGAUGCUGUAAGGAAUUUGGACAAAGCACAGGAGGUCACAGGAGGUCAUUCUGACGAGCCUGUUCUGGAAGCUCUGCCUCAUGUCCCUCCUUCAUUUGUGGGGAAAACAUGGUCUCAGAUCAUGAGAGAAGACGACAUAAAAAUAAAUGCUCUUGUGAAGGAAUUUAGGGAAGGUCGUUUCCACUGUUACUUUGAUGAUGACUGUGAGACCAAAAAAGUUGUUUCAAAUAAAAAAAAAAAAAGGGUGACCUGGGCUGACCUCAAACAGGACACUGUGUCAACUCAGGCUCAGUCAGAUGGUGAUGAUACCACAGGAGGAAUUUCAGAUACCAAUGACUUUUCAGUGGCCUUAGAUGAACCAUGCCAUCCUGCAGCAGAGAGGCCUGCAGCAGAGAGGCCUGCAGCAGAGAGGCCUCCCAAGCAAAAGGGCCAUACGUCUUCUCAGUGCCAGAUGGUGAAAGGCAGUCAUGGAACUCAGGCCAGGUCCACAAAUUACCCCUCAUUGAAAAGAAAAAGAGUUAGACAAGAGGAGGACUUGCCCAAAAGCAAGGGUUUACAGGGCGACAGGAAAACAAAAAAGAAAGUCAGAAUUGGGACUGUUGAGCUUCCUGCAACUUGCACUGAAGACUCAAAGCCUGGACAGCCCCAAGCCUUACUCUGCAUCCUGUCUUCUUUGAAUGUGAAAAUGAAGGAUGAUGAGUGCCUCCACCUCUCCAAGCUGAAUCAACAUGGGUGGGAUGAUGGGAUGCGGUUCAUGUGCAAAUAUCAGCGGGAUAUCUUUGACUAUUAUGAGCCAUUGAUUAAGCAAAUCAUUGUUAAUCCACCACUGCACACGAUGGUCCCGGAGUUGGACAGGCGCAACUGGGUGGAGAUAAGUUUUAACAGGAGCCUCCUGCACACCCCUGAUGCAGACGGACAUGACACACACCAGAGCUCUGCCCUGGUACCCCUGGCCACAGUGCCGGCAGAGUGUGACAAAUCUCCUCUGUUUGUGGAUGAACCUGAGGUUCUGAAUGCCCAGGUGAUUCCAAAGGAUAGUGAUUCCCAGCUGACUCUCCUAAAUCGUGGUGUUGCCAAAAUCUCUUCAAAGUCAGUCAGAAGUGAAUUUCUAGAAAGUAAAAAGAAAAUUCAACAGAAGAUGACAGCUAGUCAUAUGCCAGGUUUCCCCCAAAAGAUUCAUAAACCAGUUAUUCUCCAGCAAAAAAACAGAAACGCUUCAGAAAAACAGUCCAUUUGGAUUCGAACCAAGCCAAGUGAUGUAAUUAGAAAGUAUCUUUCAAAAUACUCAGUGUUUUUACGCCACAAAUACCAGUCCAGGAGCGCCUUUCUGGGACUGUAUCUGAAGGAGUCUGGGGUGCAGAGGCUGAAGAAAGUCAGGAGGCCAGCCCUGAUGCCUUUAACCUCGGCAGUCCUACCAGUUUCUGCUAAGGCCUCAAGCACCAUGACCAGGCCAGUUCUGAAGCCACCUAUGCGGGCUGCCUGCAGCGAAGUUAGAAGGAAGAAGAGUGCAAAUAAAGCACGCAAGAGGAAGGGAAAGCCACCUCCACCCACCAAGCCCUAUGAAUUGAGAAGCUUGUCUUGUUUACCACGUGCAGAGAGAAUGAUGACUCGGCUGUCAAACAGGCGGAGAGGCAGACAGUCCAAGUAGAGGCUGCCUGCUGUGGCCAGCGUGGGGCCGGGGGCCUCAGUGGAAAUGUCCUUGGUACUGAGUGCACACAACUUCCCAACUGGGUGAGAAAACUAACCUGCAGCUAUUUUACCAUAAAUAUUAUUUUUCAGAACUUUUGUAUUCAUUUAAAAUUAGUGUUUAAGGUCCCA